UUUAAAGCUCCCAAACACAAUAAUACCAAUCUCUUUAUCUUUCCACACCUGAUUUCCACAAUCUCGCUUUCUGCCCAACACCCCAUAGGUUGAAUAACAUCUUUAAAGCUUCCAAUUUUAGUGACAAGAGACCCAGAGCUCACAUAAUAUGAUCAACUUUGUCUUUGCCAGAAGACGAGUCUUUUACUAAGCAUUUAGAUCCCAUAGCUUCGGUUAGUUCUUUCCCCUGUAUCAGAUGAACACGCGAUCGAAUCUUUGCGUGUGGGCCCAAAACCCAAACCCCUUCUCCGCUAAGUAACGACACAUGGAAAAAGAAAGCGUAUAAGGAAAUUCGAAUAUUAAUGAUAGGAACGAUUAAAUUCCAACUCACGACUCGAAGGGUGAAGGAAGAGCGAAGGAGCGAUGACUUCGCCUCGCCGGUCUCCUAUGCGAGACGCGGAGAAUUCGACCCCGCCGCUGUCUCCGCCGGCAAAGACACCGUCGAGACCCCAAACUCCGGCGCGAGAAGACAGACCCGUGGCCUCCCCUCUCCGAUUGCUGGUGUCUUCGCCGGCGAAGACACCGUCGAGACCCCAAACCCCGGCGCGAGAAGACGGGCCCGUGGCCUACCCUCUCCGAUCGCCGCUGCGGCGCGCCGAGCUCCCGACCCCGCCGCGCACGCCCCCGGACGAACCAGCGCCGCCUCCGGCGGUCACGAUCGCGAACCGGCUGACCCGGGACGGCGUCUCCCCGGCCGAGAAGGAAAUUAGCGAGGGCGGCGGCGGAGUGCGGGCGGGGGAGGGGGGAUCCGUGAGGGGAGCGCUUGGACUCCGGGUGGCGGCGUUCGUGCUUUCUAUGAUCGCCUUCUCGGUGAUGGCCGCCGACAAGACCGACGGAUGGGCGGGCGACUCGUUCGACCGCUACAAAGAAUUCCGAUACUUGGUGGCGGUAAAUGUGCUCGCCUUCGCGUAUUCGGCGUUUCAAGUGUGCGAGAAAAUCUACCGUAAGAUCUGCACGAGGCAUAUCAUGAGCCGUCGGAUGGGUUGCUACUUCGAUCUCUCGAUGGAUCAGAUACUGGCGUACCUUCUGAUGUCGGCAUCGUCAGCGGCAGCCUCUCGCAACGACGUCUGGGUAUCAAGAUUCGGGAGCGACGGAUUCACUCACAAAGCCAACGCUUCCAUCGCCAUGUCCUUCCUCGCGUUCGUCGCCGUUGCUCUGAGCUCGCUCGUCUCUGCUUACAAGCUGUUCGGAAGGAGUCCUUGAGAGGGAAGCAGAAAUUUUGAAUGAUGUAAAUUUGUCGUGCAUAGCAAUACAUCCAAAGACAUCACUUUUCUUUUUUCUUUUCAGAUUUGUUCCGUCGCGACUUACAUAAGUGUAUGCUUACUCGACAUUUCCAUAAGAAAUGUUUGGGGGAUCGCCCCUUUUUGCUGCC